ACGAAAUCUAUGCUUGUCCAGGCUACUACUACUACCUGUGCUCAUGGCAAUUUUGCCCUUGGGCGAGGCCAUUGUGGGCGCUGGACGGGAUCUGCUGCUGACACCCAGGCAGGGCCAUCAGCUUAACGGCAAGCGCAUCUACUACGAGGAGGAGAAGGAGGAGGAGCUAUUGCGCCGGCGAAGUCCAUCGGAGCAGCGGCUUCAACGGCCCUGGGAGCGAACCCUGAAGCAUGUGACCUAUGUGACACUCUUUACGGAUGCAGCCGUCAAUGCAGCAGCCGGAAAUCUAAGCCAGCUGCAUGAGUAUCAUGAUUUCCUGCAGACUCCCUACUUGCCGACAGAUCCUCAGAGCGGCUCUGUAUCGGGAUCGGCGUCCUCGCGUUUUGGCGACAUUAUUACCCUGGCCAAGGGCUAUCUGGAGCAACUGGGAACGGGACAGAGCAAUGCCACAUAUCGCUUCGUUGAGGGCGGCACUUGUUUCCAGCUGAAGUGUCCCGGAUCGAGUCCCAACCAGCGGCGACGUGCCCUGUGGCAGGUCCAACGCAUACGACAUCGGGACGGGGAGAGCGGCGGUCGGCCCUUUCACUACGAGAUGAAGUUCAGUGUGACGCCGCUGGAGAGUCAGUCGUGGCAGCCAAACCAGCCGAUGAGUUACAUCCAAAAGGAGUCCGACUAUCCGGGCAGCUUUGGACGCUUCACCCGAGAGCCUGGAUUCGCCCAAAGGCGACAGGAUCGACCGUCAGCGAAUGCGGAACAGUCGCAGGCCACCUUUGUCCAUGGCAUUUUCCAGCCUGCUCCGUCGUUGCCGCUGCCGCCAGCCUUGCCGCCGAAGCUGAAUAUUGGUGAGUACUUGAAGGGCAGUCCCAAGAUCGAGCUGUUCCCGGGACUCUUUAAUCUGGGCCUGCGUCCAAAUUACGUGGCGCCCACUACCUUCCGUCCCAAUUAUCCGGCGGUGGAGAGGUUUCCCCACAGCCAUAACAACAACAACGAGCUGCCUGGCGUUCAUGGUGGCGGUGAGGCCAGUCCUGGUGGCGUGACACAUCACUUUCAUCACCAUUUCUAUGUGGCCCCCGGAACGGGGGAUACAGAGCUAGCCUACCGGCUGCCAUCGUCGUCCAGUUCGGAUAACAGCGAGCUAACUACUCCGCCGAGUCAUCCCAUAGCGAGCUUCUAUCCACCGCAUCAGACAGUGCAGUUUCCCAGUUCGCAUUCUGCAUCCUCGGAGUCUGUCGAGGAUCAACGAGGAGAGCAGGAGCACGAGCAGGAGCAGGCGGUGCUGCUGCGAACGCCACAGAUCUAUGGCCAGGCCUCCAAGUACCAGACGGCCAAGCUGCCACCGCUGUUGAUCUACGCAGGGGCCAACGACGAGGACAAAUCCUUUGUGCAGAGCGAACCUCUCGAGGAGACAGUGUAUCGAUAUUCAGAACCGGAUCCCCUCUAUCUACACCAGAAUCCCAUCGAUGUGCUGCCAGAGAAGCAGCAUGACCAGGAGCAACAGCUGGAGGUCAAUACAGAGCAGGAGAAGAAGGGAAGCAGCCUGGAGCAACCGGAACUGGUCACCACUGCAGCGCCUGGAACUACCACUGAAGCUACUGAGGCCUCUUCCAUCUCAACAACAACAGCCACAACUCUGCAUGUAAUCCCCACGACAAGCAGUUCCAACUUCGUGUCCACCUCCACGCACUUCAGUCCGCUGCGCUCGAUAAGUCGCUAUCGAACCACUCCGCGGAUAACUGCUGGUAGAUCCACCACCACUACGACAUCCACGACUACGGAGCCGCCGAUCAGUAAGUGGGCCAAGCGGCGCAAGGAUCAGGAUAACAAGGGCAAGGGCAGUCUGCGGCACGAGGCCUUCAUAGCCGCCGGCAGUACAACUACGACAACGACGACGACGACGACAACGGAGGCAGCCACUCCUCCGCCGAGGCCAGUUGUAGAGGUGCUCACCCAAAAGUCGGUCAGUCGGUCGGUCAGCAUCAAGGUGGGCGAGAAUGGCGAGGAGAUACCCAUCCUUGUGGACGACGAGGAGAAUGAGGUGAAGCCAAUAGCAAUUAAGUGA